GGGUCAAACGCUCCUCCCCGGAGCUAGGGGGAGGGGCCAGCCGUCCUGGAGCCACAUGGCUUGAGACUAAAGGACUCUUGGAUCCCCAAAAGGUAUUGGGGGUGCCGAUUCCAGAAAAAUCGGUGGAGGAUACUCGGCUCCCAAAGCAACAGACGUCCAGGACUCUGGCAUCAAUGCGUUUUUCUUUCGUUGGCGGGGGAAGGCGUAUCUGGGACCCUGGACGCUCCAGCUUCCUUUUGGGGAAAUAUCGCUCCACUGGACCCUGAGCGGCGCGUGGGUAGGGUGGGGUGUCACUGGUCACGGUCAGGGUCACGGCGGGCCCACCUCCCGACCCGGGGCAGGUAGGUGCAGAGUGGGCCCUCCACAGUCAGCCCUGUGUGGGGCAAACAGGCCGAGGUCUGCCGUGUCGGGGAAGGGGGAGACAGGGUCCUGGUGGCCCGGGAGGAGUGAGCCAGAGGGGGCCCGGGGUCCACCGUGGGUGACUUGAGAAGCUACAGGGGCAGAGAAAAGGGUGGUGAGGGACGGACUGGGAGGCAUGCACCAGACAGAAGGUACAGAGAGAACGAGACACCCCCAAAGAGAUACGGAGAGAGGGAUGGAGACAGAGGGAGAUACAGACAGAGACACAGAUAUAGUGACACAAACUAAGAGCUAAAAACAACAACAGGAAAAUUAAAAGCAGAGGAAGACAAGAGGAGACAACAGAGAUGGACAGAGACAGAGACAGUGAGGCCGAGACAGAGAAGAGAGACACCACGGCAGAGAGAGAAACCAUCUGAUGGAGAGACGAGGAGAGAUGGAGACACGCAGGAUAAACACGCCGCCCUCCUCACCCCUGCAGCCCCAGCUCCACAGAGGGAGGGGCAGGGACGAGAUGGCAGAAACACACCCCCACACUGACCUCCUUCCAGGACUCUCUGUCCCUCAGCUCUGCCCGCCUUCCCUCCUGCUGUCGGCCAAGCCCAUUAAGUUUCUGGCCCAGCCACAACUGAAGGCCCCACGCCCUGGGGAGGAAACCACAGAAGAGGCGUCCCCGCUGCCUAGCACCCCAAACCAUCAAUUAGUAUUAACAAGGGAAGGCUCCUCGCUGCCUAAAGACCCCCAUCAGAGCUCUGAUGGAGGGGAGGCCCCACCCCCAUGACUCAGGAGGUUAAAGGGCCCGGGGGCCAGCCUGGGAGCCCAGAGUGUCCCGAUGGCGUGUGGCAGCAGGAGGGUCACUAUCCAGCUGGUGGACGAGGAGGCAGGGCCUGGAACCAGGGGCCCGAAGCCCUUUCGGGGCCAGAGAUACGAGGCGAUCCGAGCAGCCUGCCUGGAUGAGGGAAUCCUGUUCUGCGAUCCUUACUUCCCUGCUGGCCCCGAUGCCCUUGGCUACGAUGAGCUGGGGCCGGACUCGGAGAAGGCCAAAGGGGUGGAAUGGCUGAGGCCCCAUGAGUUUUGCGCCGAGCCCCAGUUCAUCUGUGAGGACAUGAGCCGAACAGACGUGUGUCAGGGGCGUCUAGGUAACUGCUGGUUUCUUGCGGCCGCUGCCUCCCUCACUCUGUAUCCCCGACUCCUGUGCCGGGUGGUGCCCCCUGGACAGGGGUUCCAAGGGGGCUACGCAGGUGUCUUCCACUUCCAGCUCUGGCAGUUUGGCCGCUGGGUGGAUGUCGUGGUGGACGACAGGCUGCCGGUGCGUGACGGGAAGCUGAUAUUCGUGCGCUCGGAUCAGCGGAACGAGUUCUGGGCCCCGCUCCUGGAAAAGGCCUAUGCCAAGCUCCACGGCUCCUAUGAGGUGAUGCGAGGCGGCCACAUGAAUGAGGCCUUCGUGGACUUCACAGGCGGCGUGGGCGAGGUACUCUACCUGAGGCGAGACACCCCAGGCCUCUUCUCCGCCCUGCGCCAUGCCUUGGCCAAGGAGUCCCUCGUGGGCGCCACUGCCCUGAGUGAUCGGGGCGAGUACCGCACCGAAGAUGGGCUGGUGAAGGGACACGCGUAUUCAGUCACGGGCACAUACAAGGUGUCCCUGGGCUUCACCAAGGUGCGGCUGCUGCGGCUGCGGAACCCAUGGGGCCGCGUGGAGUGGACCGGGGCCUGGAGCGACAGCUGCCCACGCUGGGACGCGCUCCCCGCCGAGUGCCGAGACGCCCUGCUGGUCAAAAAGGAGGAUGGCGAGUUCUGGAUGGGGCUGGAGGACUUCGUCCGAUGCUUCAACACCGUCCAGGUCUGCUCGCUGAGCCCCGAGGUGCUGGGCCCGAGCCCAGCGGGGGGUGGCUGGCACAUCCACACUUUCCAAGGCCGCUGGGUGCGGGGCUUCAACUCUGGCGGGAGCCAGCCUGGCAACGAGACCUUCUGGACCAACCCCCAGUUCCGACUGACGCUGCUGGAGCCCGAUGAGGAAGAGGACGAUGAUGAGGAGGGGCCCUGGGGGGGCUGGGGGGCGGCGGGAGCGUGGGGCCCUGCGAGGGGUGGCCGCAUCCCCAAGUGCACCGUCCUUCUGUCACUCAUCCAGCGCAACCGCAGGCGCCUGAGGGCCCAGGGCCUCACUUACCUCACCGUGGGUUUCCACGUGUUCCAGAUCCCCGAGGAGCUGCUGGGCCUGUGGGACUCCCCGCGCAGCCGCGCGCUCCUGUCCGGCCUGCUGCGCGCCGACCGCUCGCCCUUCUGCGCCCGCCGCGACGUGAGCCGCCGCUGCCGCCUGCGCCCCGGCCACUACCUGGUGGUGCCCAGCGCCGCCCGCGCCGGCGACGAGGCCGACUUCACGCUGCGCGUCUUCUCCGAGCGCCGCCACACCGCCGUGGAGAUCGAUGACGUCAUCAGCGCCGACCUGCACGCCCUCCUGGUCCCCUACGUUCCCCUGGAGCUGGGGCUGGAGCAGCUAUUUCAGGAGCUGGCGGGAGAGGAGGAAGCACUCAGCGCCCCUCAGCUCCAGACCUUAUUAAGCAUCGCCCUGGAGCCUGCCAGGUCCCACGCCCGGACCCCUCGAGAGAUUGGGCUCAGGACCUGUGAGCAGCUGCUGCGGUGUUUUGGGAACGGGCGAAGCCUCACCCUGCACCACUUCCAGCAGCUCUGGGGCCAUCUCCUGGAGUGGCAGGCCACAUUUGACAAGUUCGAUGAGGACGCCUCUGGAACCAUGAACUCGUACGAGUUGAGGCUGGCACUGAAUGCGGCAGGCUUCCACCUGAACAACCAGCUGACCCAGGCCCUCACCAGCCGCUACCGGGACAGCCGCCUGCAGGUGGACUUCGAGCGCUUCGUGUCGUGCGCAGCCCAGCUCACCUGCGUCUUCCGCCACUGCAGCCGGCAGCUGGAGGGAGGCGAGGGCGUCGUCUGCCUGACCCGCAGACAGUGGAUGGAGGUGGCCACCUUCUCCUAGCAGCACCUGCGGCCAGAGGCGGAAGAGCCGCCGGGACCCCCUCCGCCUCUGCCUGGCACGCGGGGCCGGUGCUCUGGCGCGAUGCGGCGGUUCGGAGCGUCGCUGCGGGAGCCAGCCUGCCUGGA